CAGCAGGGAAAAGCCAGAGAUGGGUAUCUCCGGUGCUGUGCAAUGGUGGGAGGAGUGGCAGCUGCGUGUCCUCGUCCUGGGCAGCCUCUUGGUUCAGUGGCUCCUCUUCCUCUCUGCUGCCCACCGUAAGCAUGCUAUCCCUUCCUGGUUCAGAUCAAUAAUAUGGCUUGCGUACCUAGGCAGCGAUGCUCUGGCAAUAUACGCCCUUGCCAUCCUUUUCGGACGCCAGAGGAGGCAAGAUUGUAGCUCUGGGCAGGGCAAUAGUAUCCUGGAGGUGGUGUGGGCGCCGGUUCUCCUGACACACCUCGGUGGACAGGACUGUAUAACUGCGUACAACAUUGAGGACAAGGAGCUAUGGACACGGCACGUCGUCACGGCCGUGUCCCAGAUCACGGUAGCCAUCUACGUGUUCUGCAAAUCAUGGCCAGGCGGCGACAAGAGGUUGUUGCAGGCAGCGAUCUUGUUCUUUGUCCCCGGGAUCCUCAAAUGCAUAGAGAAGCCCUGGGCUCUCAAGAGCGCUAGCAUUAACAGUCUAGUCAGCCCUGCUCCGAGGAGGACCACAUACAGAGAAAGCAGGAUCAACUCGCUUGAAGACUACGUGCAAAAGGCAAGGGCUUUUGUCCAGACCAACCCUCAUUGUCAAGCACAAGAAAGUGAUGGAGUUUACCUUCAGACUGACACUCAUGUGCCUCAAGCACAAGGAGAAGAUGAAGCGGUGGACCUCGAGGCCGAUCAUCAACCUGGAGCACAAGGAGAAGCUGCUGUGAUGGAUCUUGAGUCUGACACCCACCCUCAGACAUCAAACACAUGGAGAAGUGUCCUAAAAAAUGUAAAACUGGGAAGCCUGGGAAACCAAGAAAGGGAACAAAGAAGCCGACUUGAUGACUAUAAUAUGGACCUUGGGGCCUAUAAGCUAUUUCUGGACCUUGCAUCACCGUAUUCUGAUCGAGUUGGUAUCCUGAAAUCCUUCUGGGUUCUCGAGGGAAAACAAGCAUAUGCUUUGUUGCAAAAUAAACUAUUUGGAGCAUUUGAUCUUCUCUACACUAAAAGAAAGAUGUUCAUCUUAUGGGAUGAAAGAAGCAAGGUAAACGUAAGUAUCUUGGGGCUUCUUUCUAGCUGGUUACGGGUUUCAGCUCUGUUUCUGCCAUGGGCAGCCAUCGGCCUCUUCCACAAUAGUCACAGUGAAGCUUAUAAUGCUGACGAUGUCAAGGUUACAUAUGCCUUAUUCUACUGUACAGCUGUGCUGGAGUUUUACAGUAUUUCUUUGAUGAGAGAAAGUAUUGCAAAGGGUCAAGUGAAAUUCAGUUUGGGAUCUCUGGUUGCUGGCCUAUAUGAACACGCAAAAACAACUGGCCUUAUUGGUAGUCUACUAAGUGCCCUGAGUAAUGAGGUACUGAAAACUAGCUUUGUAGGCCAAUAUACACUGGUAGGAUUCUUUGCUCGCAACAAAAGGCACAUCAAGAAGAUGUGCAUCAUGAACUUCUUCAAUUGCAAGGACUUUCUUGACCAACAUUGGUCCAUGAAGCCCUGCGACACAUCUUUUGCCAUUACAGAGUUGGUUCUUAAGUAUGUGAAGAAUGGGUGGGAAGAUCAAAUGAAGGAUGUUGACAGUUAUUGGAAGUUCAAUGACCGCAGAGGCCUAUGGACACUUCAGGCCAACAAGUGCGAGCAAGACCUCGGUUGCAGCAUAAGGAGGCCAUUCGACGAGAGCAUCCUUCUCUGGCACAUCGCCACGGAUUUCUGCUUCUACUUCAUGGGAGCAUCAGCAGAUCACCAGUGCGCCACUGCUCAAUGUAUUCAGGAUGCAUCUGGCGAUGGCCAUGGGUGUGCUGUUUGGUGUGAAAGAUCUCCUCAUCACAAAAGAGCCAUCCGGUGCAGGGAAAUGUCCAAUUACAUGAUAUAUCUACUGUUUGUCAAUCCUGAGAUGUUACUGGCCGGCACCAGAAGACAUCUUUUUAUGACCGCUAAUGCUGAAGUUGAGGAGAUCCUCAUGGAUGAGAAGCCAUCGCUCAAGAAGAUUUUCAAGGCCAAAAAACCAUGGCUCAAGGACAUCCUGAAAGGAGAAAAGCAAUGGCUUAAAGACAUCCUGACGGAAGAAAAGCAACGGCCGAAGGACAUCUCGAGGAGCGAAGAUUCAGUUACAUGGAAGGUUCUCAAGGGCGUGUCGAAGUGGAUCCUCAGGAGCAAAGGCUCACUUUGUUGGAAGGUUGGCAACGGCAUGUCCAAGGAGAUCCUCAAGGCCGAAAGGGAAUGGCUUGAGAAGAUCGAAAGAGAACUUGUGCAGAUAAUAAUCUCCAGGCUGCAGCUCACAGAAUGCAGAGAAGUUGCUGAAUGCACAGAAUUUUCGCCGGAUGCAGAGAUAUAUCCAACUACACAAUUCAUCCAAGAUGCAUGGAAGCUCGCUAAAGCGUUGUUGGAUCUAGGUGAUGACAACAAGAUGUGGGAGGUUAUUGAAGGCGUGUGGGUGGAGAUGCUCUGCUUCUCUGCAAGUAGGAGCCGUGGGUAUCUACAUGCCAAGAGUUUGGGCACCGGCGUGGAGCUGCUCACGUAUGUGUGGCUGCUGCUGUCGUGCAUGGGGAUGGAGACCUUGCCUGAGAGGCUGCAGAGGACAGAGCUUUCAAGUGGAGAAAUGAACGCGUCGACUUCACAGGUCAGCACUGCCAGUAUUAAAGCCGUUGUUUGA